GUUAAAUUAUAAAAUUUACAUUUUGUUUGAUGUAAAAAUAUAAUAUGAUAUUUAUGCUACUUAACAUAUUAAUUUCUGUGGACCGUUUGGGACAUGCGAUAUGUGUUAAAUCUAACACAAAUUUUUCAACUGUGUAGGAGCUUGUUCGAAAAUUCAGUUAACGCGAGUUAAAUGUACGGAACGCAACGUCCGAACGUAGGAACACAUUGGCUUUAUUAUUAUUAUAUGAAUUUUAUUGCAAAAUAUUGCGUGCCGUAAGAGAAAUUUUUCAUUUUUAUUUGCACGCAGAAUUUUUAUUUGCUAAUUUAAUAAAGAUUAUUCUAGACAAUCGCAAAACUCACCAUCGAUCGUGCCCAGAACAAAUUUCAAUUAGCACCCGAUGGCAAUUAACAAUAUGUACACAGUGUGCCCGUUUGACAGUUUGCGCACUAGUCAUUUGCGAAAAGCAUAUCAAAUUAAUAAGUCCCCAUUCCCUCCUCGUUACUCUUCGCCGCUCGCCCGCUCGUCCGUACUUCUCUCGAUUCCGCCGAUAAAUAACAGUAAAUUUAUCGCGUUUAUAUCCGAAAAGUUCCGUUAGUUUCGUUCGCAGCGCGCGGCUAAAUGCCCGCGGAAAUCGGGAACGCUCGAUAUCCCGAUUUCCGCGGCCGCCAAGGGCAUAAGCCGGAAGUCACUCCCGGAGCUUAUCACAUGGUAUUCUCUUGAACAACAGAUGUAUAUCCGGCGUGAGUAGGUGUCACGAUGGGCAUCACGACGACUGGCGCGCGCAAUGACAAUCUCAUGCGACAACACGGCGACGUCCCUUAAUCCACGGGCUGACGGGAAUGCACACAUUCGGGACGGCGCCCUAAGCCGGAAGCGUAAAGCGCGGCCCGACAGGAUCCUCCCGUCCGGACGAGUGUCCCCGUCCUCGAGUGUCGUCGGGACGGAUUCUCAUCUUCGCGCGGCCAGUUGAAAAUCGUCCCGUUCUUCCUGGGGGUUGUGGAGGAGGGAGGAGGGCGGUCGACACAAGGGUAUUGGUGGGAUGCAACGCGCGGUAGCCCGGCGACGUGAAUCGUGCCGAUCAAAUGGGAUAAUCGUCGGCGCGGAGGGAACAGAGUGAUGGCACGUCGAGGUACGAUUCAUCUCGGCGUGCGGGUGCGCGGGUGACUUACAAAGUGCCGAAGUGCUCGGGAGAGAGAGAGAGAGAGAGAGAGAGAGAUCAGGGAUCGUAUCAACGUGGAUCAUCGUGACUUGACUUGGCUCGGCUCGGCUCGGCUCGGCAAACGGACUCCUCCGCGUUGCGGCUUGUAUGCGAAGAAAUCUUGCAGUCUGUCAGGCGAAAAGCGGGAUUACGGAUGUGACGAUACGAUGACGCGAGAUCCGCAACGACGGGCAAAUCACCCGUACGCCAUAGACCGGCGGCGGAUACCGAGAAUGGUCCUUCAGAUUCUGUUAAUUCAGAAUUUUAUUACAUUUAAAGCUGUCGCUCAGAUAGCCGAAUGUCCGCCGCCGGAAAUAAUAACGGGCUGUCCCUGCUACAACUUCGAGGAUGGUCUCUUUCUAGAAUGCGCUGGCGCUACGGAAGAGACUCUAAGAUCCACGCUGCAAGGCGUACUAAGUACCAGCGGCGCGGGUACGAUGGUACAGUCGUUGAGUGUUUACGAGCUCGACAAAAGCAUCGAGGAACUGAAGGAGGGUGCCUUCCCUCCCGGCUCGCAAAUCAGACAUCUCCAAAUAUCACAUUCGUCUUUGCGGGAAGUGAGCGAGAGCGCCUUCACGAAUUUGAAGGAUAGCCUGGAAUCCUUGGCACUGGUCUCCGGUCGUUUACCCCACGUGCCUCAAAAAUCAUUGGCCGAUCUACGGAAGCUGGCCGCCUUGGAUCUCGAGACGAAUUUGAUACAGGACCUCUCGUCCUACUGUUUCUACGGCUUGAAGUUAAUGAAGCUGACGCUAAAGGGGAAUCAAAUAUCGAAAAUUUCCGAAUACGCGUUUGCGGGUCUCGAGGACAGUCUGAGCGAUCUGGAUCUAGCGGAAAACAAGUUGAAGCUGUUUCCCAUGGCUCCCCUGAGGAGACUCGAGAGUUUAGCUUCGCUCAGGCUGGCGUGGAACGAGAUAUCGGAGCUGCCCGACGACGGCUACAGUCUCCUCAGCUCUCUGCUGAUCCUCGAUCUGAGCAGCAACAAUUUCGAGAAACUGGCCGAGGACUGCUUCAGACCCUGUCCCAUCCUUCACACCCUGUCGCUCUACUACAACUCCAUCGAGAGCAUUCACAAGGACGCCUUCGCGUCGCUGAAGGAUCUAGAGUCGAUCGAUUUGAGCCACAACAAGAUAGUCUUCCUCGACGUGGCGACAUUCAAGGGGAACGAACGUUUGCGCACGAUCGAGCUCAGUCAUAACCACAUUCACUACAUCGGCGGCGUGUUCGCGCGACUGCCCGAACUACGGGAGCUUUAUCUGGCGGAAAACAAUAUCCUGGAGAUCCCGGGAGACGCGUUCGCCGGCAGCGUAAGCCUCGCGGUGGUGUAUCUCCAGCAGAACGCCAUCCGUAGAAUCGACGCCAAGGGCCUUACGAGUCUCACGCAGCUGGCGCAAUUGCAUCUGAGUAACAACUACAUCGAGAAGGUGCCGCGGGAAUUCCUCGAGCACUGCGAGAACCUCUCGUCGCUCUCCCUGGACGGUAACAAGAUCCGCGAGCUCCAGCCAGGCACAUUCCUUAAGCUGCAUCAAUUGCGCGAGCUGCGCCUGCAAGAUAAUCAUAUAACGGAGGUGAAGCGCGGCGUUUUCACGCCGCUGCCGGCCCUCCUCGAGCUGCAUCUGCAAAACAAUGCCAUCACCUCGAUGGAGACGGGCGCGCUGAGAACGCUGAAUAGCCUCCAGCACGUUAAUCUGCAGGGCAAUCAGUUGACCAUGCUCGGCGACGUCUUUCAGCUGUCCGCCUCAGAAUCGUCUUCCGGCGGAAGCUCUUUGGUGUCUAUUCAGCUGGACAGCAACGGCCUCGCCGUUCUGCACAAUGACUCUCUGCGCGGCCAGGCGUCCGUCAGAAUCAUGUGGCUGGGCCACAACAAGCUGACACACCUGCAAGCUCCUCUCUUCAGGGAUCUCCUUUUGGUGGAGCGCCUUUAUCUGACGAACAAUUCCAUAUCCAGGAUCGAGGACGCCGCUUUUCAGCCGAUGCAGGCUUUAAAAUUCCUCGAGCUCAGCAUGAAUAAGCUGAGUCACGUAACAGCGAGGACGUUCUCCGAGCUGCACGAGCUCGAGGAGCUGUAUCUGCAGGAUAAUGGCCUGCGAAGGCUCGAUCCCUACGCGUUGACGGCACUUAAGAAGCUGCGGGUGCUGGAUCUCGCGAAUAAUUAUCUCACCGUUCUGCAGGACGCGGUUUUCCAAGAGGACCUGCCGAUUAAAACGUUGAAUCUGAAAAACUGUUCGAUAAGCACAAUAGAAAACGGUGCCUUUCGCGGGCUCAACAAUCUGUUCGAUCUGAACCUAGACGAUAAUCUUCUCACGGCGACGGCGCUGCUACGUCUGCAUAUUCCCGGCCUUCGUACGCUCGCAGCGUCCGGCAACAACUUCAGCCAGAUCACGGAGCACUGCUUCAACGGGCUGCCGUCCCUCCAGGACCUGUUCCUGGACGACUCGCAGAUAAGUCAACUGCCGGAAACCAUCUUCGUGCUGAAUCGAAAUCUAGCGCGUCUACACUUGAACCAUAAUUACCUGCGUGCCCUGCCGCCGGGCCUUUUCGACAGGUUACUGUCGCUGCGGGAGAUACAUCUGGAUCACAAUCGAUUCCAGGACAUCCCGUAUUCGGCGCUCGCGAGCGCCCUUAAUCUCGAGAUCCUCACGCUAUCCACCAACGAGAUUCUCAACGUCGACGUAGCCAGCUUCGCCAGCCUGAAGCAUCUGCGUGAGUUGGAUCUGAGCCACAAUAAGAUCGAAACGAUGUCCGGAUUCGCGAUGGCCAAUCUGUCGCGCUUGAUAUCCGUGGAUCUCAGCGACAACAAUUUGAACGCUCUGCCAGCGAACUUUUUCGCGCAUUCCUCCUUGUUACGUAGAGUAGACCUGUCGGAGAAUAAAUUCCGACAGAUACCCGCGGUGGCUCUCUCGGGUCAGAAUCUUCCCGGUCUGGCCUGGCUGAAUCUCACGCGAAAUCCCCUAAACAGAAUCCACGAUCUGCCGUCGGAGGCGAUGUAUCCUAUUCUCCAGGAGGUACAUAUAUCCGGCACCAACCUGAGUAUAGUGACGUCGCAGGAUUUCGAGGCAUUCCCGGCGCUGCUGCAUCUCUAUCUCGGUCAGAAUUGCAUCCUGCGCGUGUCACCGGGCGCGUUUCGCAGCCUCCCGAACCUGCUCACUCUUCAUCUCGGCAUGAACAGCCUGGAGAUCCUGCCAAAGGAGAGGCUUCAGGGGAUGGAGCACUUACGGAUACUCAAUUUAACGCAUAACCGUCUGAAGGAGUUGGAAGAGUUCCCGGAGGAUCUCAAGUCCCUACAAAUACUGGAUCUGUCCUACAAUCAGAUCGGCAUCGUCGGCAAAGUGACGUUCAAGAAUUUAAUUAGCCUGGUGGAGCUGCAUCUUUAUGGUAACUGGAUAAACGCCAUCUCCAGCGAGGCAUUCAGACCCCUGAAGAAGUUACGUCUACUUGACUUGAGUAGGAAUUACCUGGAAAACUUGCCGCUGAAUGCUUUCCGGCCACUCGAGACGCAAAUAAGAAGCCUGCGGGCUGAAGAGAACCCGUUACACUGUGGCUGCGAGUCGCAAGAAUUGUGGGAAUGGUUGAGAGACCAUCAGAAAUUGGUGAGCGGGGUCGGCGGUGGCCGUAGCCGCGGAAGAAAUGGUGUCGGAGUCGGUGACGUCGAGGGCGGUUUGUUAAGAUGCGAGCAGCCACCCGAGCUCCGGGGUCUCGUCUUCCUCGAUCUUGACCCCCACGCCUUCUGUUCCGCUCCACUGGUCCUGAAACUCGCAAUUCAGGACAUUCAGCCCUUCUCCGUUCUGGUAUCGUGGCAGAGCAGAAAUCAUUCCGGCCUCCACGGAUACCAAGUGGCAUAUCACGCCUUGGACAACGUCGACGAAGUUCGAGGUAAGCUGCUGGAUCCAAAGGCACGUUCGGUGAGAUUGACGAAGUUGGCAUCUGACACGCGCUACCUGAUCUGCGUACUUGGCCUGGGCAGCUGGGGCACCCCGAUCCCGGAGGACAUCGGCUCAUGGCAAUGGAACGCCUCGCACGAUGACGUGAUCGAGGGAUCCUCGCUGCCCGUGAUGGUAAACUCGCCUACGAGCCGAUGCACCGAGGUCAGAACUUUGGACGCGCCCGACUCGAUAGUGGGCGACGGGACGGUGAGCGACAGGGGCAGCUUGGCGAACAUUCUCACGAGGCGGCUGGGCCUGAUUGUGGGCAGCUGCAUGGGCUUCGUCGUCUUUGUCGUGCUGAUCUCCGUUCUGGGCUACAUGAAAAUGAAGAAGCAGCGGGCGACGAUCAAGCGGGAUCAGCCGCUGUCCACGAAUCCGCCGGAGUACAUGUCCUACAGGCACUUCUCGUUGCAGAGCGGCGACAGAGCGGAGAACGCCUGUCCGAGUUUCAUCAGUAACAUCGGGCCGUCGCCCCUCGGCUCGUAGCAGAAGGCGAAGGAGUCUUGUAAAGAGACCGCUCAACACGACAUCGAGAUGAAGACCGUGUCGACUUGCACCAGCAUCUACAGCUAAUAAUCACGCGGCACAAGAACGGACGACGACGACGACGCGUCCGGCGUAUCGUCGUCGUCGUCGUCGUCGUUAUCGGAAAAAGUGACGAGGCACGAGACGUGGCCCCGCAUGUGGUAGCGUAUCUUUGAACUUUUCCAUCCGCGUUUUCGAAAUACUCGAAUAAAGGAGAUCGUCGUGUCGUAAAACGACGAUUUGUGACGAGCGUGAUUUUCAUUCCGGCCGUCGCGAGUCGACACAACUUCGCUUAUGUAAUAAUCCAGGGGACAAACGCUGUUCCGACACUUCACGACACUAGCGAAUAAUCGAAGCGACAGCACGGUACGCGCAAUCGAUAAAAAUUUUCUAAUCGACAACGACAUUUUCGACGUGGGAGAUUUUUUUGUACCGUAACAUCGUUUGAAUCCGCGACGUCGAUAUCUUCGCGAUUAAAUUCACCUUGCGUACGCAAGAAAAGAAGUGCCAAAAAGAAAAGAAAAAAAAAUACGUGUCCCUACGUACAAUACAGGUCUUUCUUACGCCCGCUCGAAUGCAAACGCGCGCGAGAGGAGAAAAAAGAACGUCCGCGUGAAGAGCGAGUGACUUGAUUUCAUCGCCACGCGUCAACGAGGAAAAUGCAUCGGCAAACGUUAGUGCAUUCGAAAAUCGUGCGGAAAGACUAGGGAAACGUGAAAUCCAAGGACUGCCAGCGAGAAAAUCAAACGUACGCGAUAAAAUUAGCAUUUUGACAGGAGAUUUUACCGGGGCGAAUUACGGUUUUCUCUUCUUUUUUACGAUGUACAUCAUAGGAGGGAGGGGGGGAGGGGGGAGGAGAUGGAAAAAGACCCCGCCGGCGAGUUAUCGCCGAGUGCUCCCCCGCGCCGUUUUCGAAAACGAGCAACCGAGCAACGAUCGACGUAUCGAUCCUCUCUCACCCUUACGAAACACACCACUUCCAAUCUCUCGUACGAAGACUGAUUUUUUACGCCAUUAAAAAUUCUCCUUCACAAUUCCGAGGCUCCCUCGCGUAUCGUACACUUGGCGCGACACAUUUUUGUAAAUAUGUAAAACGAUGAUGAUAUCGCGGCAUAAAAACGCAGGCGUCCAUCGUCGCAGAUGUGCACCUGUGAGAUUCGUCUUUAUAGUGCUGCGCAAGCAAUAUUACACUUAUUCGUAUCGGUAGUUUCUAACGAUCAGCAGUAAAGUAAUUAAAGAGGAGACGCGAGCCACGGCGGAAAAUAAUCGCGUCGGCGAGUCCUUAAGACACCGUAAUAGGAAGAAUUUUCACGAGCGGACGUUGAUCCACGCUCUUCGAUUUUAAUAAUAUCAUGGUCACGCAGGCGAAACACAACUCGUGACACAUUUCGAACGCGAGCACAUUCGAAACCUCUUGAAUUGCGAAAGAUUAAGUGUGAUUCCUGCCAAGAAAAAGAAGAAGAAGAAGAAGAAGAAGGAAUAAGCGAUUCCAAGUUGCCAAAUGUUAACUGUGUAUCGAAUAUCGUGAAAAACAAAUCGGUUUAUUGUAUAUAGAUAGAAGAUAUAUAUACACAUAGCAUUCUUUAUUAUAGCCUAGGCUUUCGGUUAAUAAAAAUACCCCACAAAGCUGUAAA